AACAUCACAGAGUAUAACCGAAGAUCGAGCGGAGCGAGUGUUGUUUUAUUUAUUAAUACUUCGAUGAUUGGAUUGUAAUUUUAAUGUUAUUAGGGGGCUUUUAAUUUCUUUCGUCAGUAGUUAGUGCAUUUGAACAUGGAGGAAGAAAGUGACAAUAAAGAUAUACGAGAACUAAAUGCAAUGUUCCAUCAGGAAUACAUAAUUAUGGCAGAAUAUCGCAUGUUGCAAACAGAAAAUUUUCCAGGCAUAUACGUAAUACCAUCCUACGAAAACUCCUUUACGUGGUUUGGAGUAAUAUUUGUAAGAUCUGGUUUAUAUGAAGGGGCAGUAUUCAGAUUUACACUAACUUUACCAGAUAAAUUCCCAGAUACUGAAGAAGUUCCGGUAGUUAAAUUCUCUUCACCUGUAUAUCACCCAGCUAUUGAUGCCACAUCUGGAGUCCUCAAUAUUAGUGAAGUAUUUCCGCAGUGGGAUAGAAAGUUCCACCAUGUUUGGCAAAUACUGAAAUAUGUGACUUGGAUAUUCCAUCACUUAAAUUUUAAAAGUCCUGCAAAUGUUGAAGCUUCAGUUUUGUAUAAAACAAAUAGGAAACUAUUUAUGGAGAAGGUGAAAGAAUCAGUAAUAUCCAGUAUUGACCACAUUUACGACGAUCCUCCUACUGAUGACAGACAUUACAUAUCAUUUCAACCAUACGAUCCAGAGAUCCAUGAUAAUGCUAAAAACAUUAUGUUAAAACCACUCAAACCUCCAGAAGGAAUAUCUCAAGGAAUCUCCUGGGUUCAACAAGGAUCUUUCCAACCAUUUUCAAAAGAGGAGACAUGAUCAAUAAUAUAAUACUUACUUAAUAACUCAUUAUAAAAUAAUAUGCCAUAUUCAGUACCUGUGAUAAGAAGACAGGAAUUAUUAUCAUGACAAAAAAUUGCAGCAAAUAUUAACAGGUAUUGUUACUGCCAGCUAUUUCACAAAAAAAAUAGAAAAUAAUAGGUAUUUAAAAAUCAAAAGUUAUAAUUAUAAGUUAUAUCUACUUGAAAGUGAUUAGUAUUACUACUAAAUUAACUUUAUAUUUAUACCUGUACAAAUUGUUAACAAAAUCCAUGUUUUUAUAAAUUGGUACCUACUACAUUUAAGUAUAGUGUUAGAUAAAGCAAUGAGGUGUGAACUAAAAGAAGUGUCUUGAUUAAUUAAUAAACAAUAAAAUUUAAUCUUAAUAUUCGACUAUGUUUACAAUUUAUAAAAAGUUGUAUUAUUCAAUAUCUUGUUUAAUUUUUAAAUUAAAUUCAUUAAUCUUUU